AUGUCACGUAUUGGACUAAAACCGAUUCCAUUACCCGACAAAGUACAGGUCGCUUUAAAUGAAAGCGAUGUACAGGUUGAGGGACCCAAAGGUAGUCUCAAUUGGAAACUUCCAGAUGGAAUCGACGCGACGCUUGAGGAAAACGUCCUAACCGUCCAAAGAAUCAGUGAACUCAAACAGCACAAAGCCUUGCAUGGAUUGGCGCGCAGCCUCAUCGCCAACAUGGUUACCGGGGUUUCAGAGGGUUUUGAGAAAAAACUGCGUGUGGUGGGGACCGGCUACCGUGCCGAAGUCAAUUGUGAGAACAAUUUGGUUCUUAAUGUCGGCUAUUCACACUCCGUCACUUACACGCCACCUGAGGGUAUCACGCUUAGUGUUGAAGCCUCUGAAACAAUAGAUGGGCAAGCACACACGCCUAUUGUUGUCAGUGGUAUUGAUAAACAACUCGUUGGACAGGUAGCAGCUACUAUUCGUCAGAUCCGGAAACCAGAUACUUAUAAACCUUGUAAAGGUAUCCGCUACGAUGGCGAGCGCGUCCGAGAUAAAGAAGGGAAAGCUGCUGCUGCCGCCUAA